GCCGUGCCCUGCCUGCCGUGCCCUGCCCUGCCCCGCCCGGUCGGGUCCGGUCUGGCUCCGCAGAGGCGCGGCGGGCGGACGGGCGGGCGGGGCGGCAUGUGCCCGGCGCGGUCCGGGGCCGACUCUGCGGCGCGGCGGGAGCGGCGAGGGCGGCCAGCGUAGGCGGCGGCGUGGGCCGCGGUAUUUAUAGCCGGGUGACAGCAGCGCGCCGCGGCCCGUGUCGCCGCUCGUUCUGCGUCCGCCGCGGUGGCCGAGCCGCGCGCCCUCCGGUCAAGCAGCACCGAAGGCUUGAAGGAUGGGUAAAGACUUCCGCUACUAUUUCCAGCAUCCUUGGUCUCGCAUGAUUGUGGCUUACCUGGUCAUCUUCUUUAACUUCUUGAUAUUCGCGGAGGACCCAGUCUCCCACAGCCAAACAGAAGCCAAUGUUAUUGUUGUUGGAAACUGUUUUUCAUUUGUAACAAAUAAAUACCCUAGAGGAGUUGGCUGGAGGAUUUUGAAGGUGCUUCUAUGGCUACUGGCCAUUCUCAUAGGACUGAUUGCUGGCAAGUUUCUGUUCCAUCAGCGCUUAUUUGGCCAGCUACUCCGGUUAAAAAUGUUCCGAGAAGACCAUGGGUCGUGGAUGACGAUGUUCUUCAGCACAAUCCUGUUUCUCUUCAUCUUCUCUCACAUCUAUAACACCGUUCUUCUGAUGGACGGGAACAUGGGAGCUUAUCUCAUCACGGAUUACAUGGGCAUCCGCAAUGAAAGUUUCAUGAAACUAGCUGCUGUGGGGACCUGGAUGGGGGACUUUGUCACAGCCUGGAUGGUCACCGAUAUGAUGCUUCAGGAUAAGCCUUACCCUGACUGGGGCAAAUCUGCAAGAGCUUUCUGGAAGAAAGGCAACGUGAGGAUCAUUUUAUUCUGGACCGUUCUCUUCACCCUGACUUCCGUGGUGGUACUUGUCAUCACAACUGACUGGAUCAGCUGGGAUAAACUGAACCGUGGAUUUUUGCCCAGUGAUGAGGUUUCCAGAGCCUUCCUUGCUUCCUUCAUCUUGGUCUUUGACCUCCUUAUUGUGAUGCAGGACUGGGAAUUCCCACACUUCAUGGGUGAUGUUGAUGUGAAUCUCCCUGGAUUGCACACUCCUCAUAUGCAGUUUAAGAUUCCCUUCUUCCAGAAGAUCUUCAAGGAGGAAUACCGCAUUCACAUAACAGGUAAAUGGUUUAACUACGGAAUUAUCUUUCUCGUCUUGAUUUUGGACCUGAAUAUGUGGAAGAACCAGAUAUUUUACAAACCUCAUGAAUAUGGACAAUAUAUUGGCCCAGGGCAGAAGAUAUAUACAGUGAAAGACUCUGAAAGUUUAAAGGAUUUAAAUAGAACCAAGCUAUCCUGGGAAUGGCGGUCCAACCACACCAAUCCUCAGACUAAUAAAACCUACGUUGAGGGUGACAUGUUCUUGCACAGCAGGUUCAUAGGGGCUAGCCUAGAUGUCAAAUGUCUGGCUUUUGUUCCAAGUUUAAUAGCUUUUGUGUGGUUUGGAUUCUUCAUUUGGUUCUUUGGACGGUUUCUGAAAAAUGAGCAAGGGAUGGAGAAUCAAGAUAAAACUUAUACUCGCAUGAAAAGGAAAUCCCCCUCAGAACACAGCAAGGACAUGGGAAUAACACGAGAAAACACCCAGGUCUCUGUGGAAGAUCCUCUGAAUGACCCCCCCCUGGUUUGUAUCAGGUCCGACUUUAAUGAGAUAGUCUACAAGUCCUCCCAUCUGACAUCUGAAAACUUGAGCCUGCAUCUGAAGGAGGCUACCAGUGAGAUGGAGGCUGAUGAAGACCCAGCGGCCUCUCAGAGUAUGCGGACGAACUAGAAUCUCUUCUUAGGUGGAGAGAGCACAAAGAGCAACCUUGAGUGUAACUUUAAAAUCAUAGUCUUUCAUUUUGUAAAUGUCAGGUUUACAUAGCGUUAGGUAAAGAAAUACAAACUAUGCCACAACGGUGCUCAACAUGCUUUUUCUAGACUCAUUGUUUUCUAUUUGUAUUAUGAUACACGUGCCUAUUGUAUGUUUAAUGGUCCUCUAGAGAUUGCUUUUCACAACUGCACAAGCUAUUUACUGACUUUACAGCAAGGUAGAGUAGCCGAUUACCCAUGUAUCUGAUGUUCAACCAUAGUGGUGCCUUGAGACAUUAAACUGUUUUUAACUGUACCAGACAUGAAGUGUAGAAUGGUUCUCCAGUCUAUUUCACGUGGGAUUUUUUUAUACAAUUAUUUUGACUUACACUUGAUGUCUGAGCAGGAAACAGACAUAGCUGAUUUGUGGUUGUGGAAAGUUCUUCUGGUUCACUGUUUAGUGGGGAAGUUGGUGACUUUGACACUGGAGAGCAGAGAAGCAUAGUGAUUGCCUUUUAAAUUUUAUUGGCUGGCUACCGAAUAUAAAUAUAAAUGUAAAAUCCAGUCAGAGGAGGGCUGCAAUACACCAUGGGUCACUGCUCACAAAAUGUGACUUUCUCUAACCACUAAUUGCAAUUAGAUGAUAAUACCUAAUUAUGUUUUCCUAAUUAAAGAUAAAUUGCUGCCUGAUUAAUAGUCUUUGCCCUUUUCCUUUGGGAACAAAGGUUAAGAGGAACAGUUGGGUGAGCUCUCAAAUGUAUUGGCAUUUCCACAAUGUCCUAGACAAGCAAGAAAAAGAAGUUGUAAUCAUGUGAAGCCUGCACAGCCCACUGUCUACAAUAUUGUAUAUUUUGCUGUAAAUAUGGUUCUGGACAGUGAAAAUAGAAAACCAUACUGCAACGUUGACCAAGGGAAUUCUGAAAUCAUUCAUUGAAACCUCAUGUGGUAGAAAAUGCUGUAUGAGGGUCUCUUUAAUGUCUUCUGUGUAUGUGCAUUUCUGUUUGGGUUUCAUUUUUUAAAGAUGUAAACAUCGCACCUUAAUAAAUAAGAAUUAUAUGCCA